UAUUUCUACAUACAGAAUACAAAUGCACAUGUUUUCUGCACGCAUGCACGCACGAUUACGGGUGCAUCACCUGUCGAAGGCUCUAUAAUGGCUGAUAGUGAUGCAGAGAAGAGGAGAUUGUUCAUUGGUGGUUUGCAUCAUGAGCUCAAAGAACAGGAUUUGAAGGAGCGUUUCGGAAGACAUGGAUCCAUUUCAUCUUUAAGACUUAAGACGAAGAAGGAUACAAAAGGAAACCCAAUCAAGACAUUUGCCCAUAUGGACAUCGUUCUCACAGAUAAGGAAUUGAAGAAAUGUAUGAGUAUUUAUAAUAACACAAAGUGGAAUGGAAAUACUAUGCAGAUACAGUUGGCCAAGGAGAGUGACCUUACAAGACUAGAGCGAGAGAGAACUGCAGUGAGUACACUGGACGAAGAAGACGUAGUUGUGAGACCUAAGAAACCAUCUCAUCAAGCUGCUGCGGUGAAGAGAUUGGAAGAAAACUUUGAGAAGGCCGGAAUCAGUGAGUUUGUGGUCAAAGGAAAGGUUCCAGGAACACAGAUUGAAGGAGAAAAGAACUGGAUCGUUGGGAAAUAUGGCCGUGUCCUACCUGUGGUGUACAUCAGAAGGAAAGACAAACAGAAGGUUGUCUGUUACGAUCCCUCUAAAUUUAGUCAUCACCUCAAGAAGUUCAAGGAAGACGACAAAGUAGAUGAAGGAAUUGGAAUGGCGAAAGUUGACAAAUUGACUUGGGACCUGCCAGAGAGUAACUCUGAAGUCUCCUUGAAAAGAAAGGGGAUUUUCUCACAGGCAAGACCUGUGAUGUCACAGAAAAAGAAAAUGAUGAAGAAAGAUCAGCUAGCAUAUAGAAAAGAGCCAGAAUGUGGUGUGCCAAAGAGAGGAGUAGACAGCUAUUGUUCAGGCCAAAGUGAUAGUGACUUUGAUGAUAAAGAUGAUGAUGACAGACUUCCCACAAUCGAGGACCAUGUCCAGGUGAAUUCAGGUGGUGCAGAACAGCCAAAUGAUUUUGAAAUUGUCAGAGACAGUGCAUCCCCAUUCAUUCAGAAAGCCAAGUCAAAUACAUUGACGUUUGAAUCAGAGCCGGGGUAUGAUUCAGAUGACAGGGAUUCUGUUGAUACUGAUGAGCUUUGCACCUUAGUCAGAUCGUCAAAGAAGUCUUCUGGAUCUCAAACAAAUGGAGUCUUGAAGAGGAAAGAGGCAUCAAAAAUGACAUUGUCCACAGGAGAUAAGCAGGCUGGAACUACCAAGAUGAAAAGAGUGAAAAAGGCCCAUAAAGAGGAAGAGGAAAGUGAUAUGUGCAAACAAAGUGGUGAAAAGAUUAAUGUCACAAGAAUUGAAAACAAUUUUGCUGAGGUUGGUGAAAGUGGCGCUGACUCUGAUAUUAAUGAUGAUAAUGAUAGUUUGAAUGGUGAUGACACUACUGAUAGUGAACAACAUGAACAUAGUGAGGAGGAGGAAAAAAUGAGUGAUAUGAACACUGAUGAAGAUGGAAUGGAUAUAUUGAAGCAGGAUGACGACUACCCAAACGAUGAUGGCCCCGUACCUUCAUUGAACUUUGACCCUCUCAUCCUUGAUAGGUCACAUCUUCAAGGUCAUAAGAAGGCCAAUGACCUUUCAGAAUAUCCAGAUGACGAUGAGCAGGAAGAGGAGGAGGAUGAGGAGGAGGGUGAUGAUGAUGAGGAUGAUGAUGAGGAGGAGGAGCAGGAUAGUGAUGACAAUAAUGAGAGUGACACUGGAGAGGGUGAGACAGCUACCCAAGAUUCAGAUGAAGAGGAUGAUGACCAGGAGACAUUGGGUAGCCCAAUCGCUAGAUUUGACUUUGAGCCUCUUAUCUUGGACAGGGCAGCAAUGAGAGAGAGCAUAGGUACAGAAACAAAUGGAGACCAGCCCGAUCUAGAAUGCCGUGCAGAAGAAAAGAAAGAGGAUUCAGAUGAUAGUGACUCUGAUAAGGAUGAUGAUGCGAUUGACGAGGAGGAUAAGAGUAGCGAUGAAAGUAGCGAUGCCGGAGAAGAGCAGAGUGAGGAAAGUGACAAUACAGAGUCUGAUCAAAGAUGUGAUGAUACAUUAAACAAUAUAAAGGAAAUUAAAAAAUCAACCGACAAGGAAGGUAAAUCAAAGACUUUGCCCGAGGUAAAAUCAUCAGCCACAGUGAUAGAUGUAGAAAAGCCCCCAGCAGAAUUACAGCUAAAGAAGGACAAAUUUAGUCAGGACAUGUAUGACAAAUCCGGAAGGCUGUUGUCCAAAGCUGCAAAGAGGAAACUUGCCAGAGAGGAAGCAGAGAAACAGAAGCAAGCUGAUGAAAGAAGAAUGGAGUCCAUGAAACGACAGCAGAGGGCACUAUUGGAUCGCCAAGUUGCUAUCAAAGGAGCUCUUUCAGCAGUGGAUGAUAAAGACAAGAAACAAGGCAAGCAUAUCACUUUUGACUCUGAUGAUGAUGAUCCAGAGAGUGAUACAGGGGCAGGAAAUGAUGAAACCAUGAUUGCUGGACAGAAGAUACCAAGCAAGAUCUCUCUCUUUGAAAGUGAUUCUGAUGAUGAGGAGGAGGGUUCGGUGACUGAGAACAGAGUCAAGAAGAUGUGGGAUGAUGACGAGGAUGAUGAUGACGACGAUGAAGAGGAUGAUGAGAGAUUCAAGAUCAAACCUCAGUAUGAAGGUGAAGCUGGUCAAAAGCUGAUUCAGAUGGAAGCGAGAUAUGGAGGAGAUACCCGCUUUAAACUAGAUACAAGAUUUAUGGAUAAAGAGAAUGAAAAUUCAGGAACAGGUGCCAUAGCAGAAGUCAAAGAAAAUGCUGAAGAUGACCCAUCAUCUAGUGACCUACAGGAAGAAAAACGUAAAUCACUGGCUAUUCUUCAGAACAUGUUAGGCACACCAGUGGUUGCUUCGUCUAAACCUGUAGAGCCUAAUUUCAAGGAUCCUUCUCAGCUUCACUAUGAUCCAAGUCGAGAUGAACAUAGCAAGUAUGAGCUUCAAGAAGCUCAUGCAGAAGAAAGUGAUGCCAAGAAGAUAGAAGAAGAGGUGCGGAAAGAGAAACGAAAGAUGGAGGAAGAGAGGGCCAAGUUGCCUGAGGUCUCUAAGGAGAAGUUCUUCCAGGUUAGCAGUAAUCUCAAGGAUGCCUUCAGUGGUGGAGGAGGAGGAGGAGGAGAGUUGGAGGAGGAUGGAGAUGGAGACGGUGGAGGAGAAGGGGAUGGAGGAACUUUCACAUUCUUUGGAGGAGAUGACUCUGAUGGUGAAGAUGAAGUUCCCGAAACUAAGAUGGAUGAAAACUUAAAUACAGACCUUGCUUCAUCACUACUUACUUCAAAGAGGUUCAGGUAUGAUAGCAGUGAUGAUGACGAUGAUGAUGAUGAUGGCGAAGGUGAUGAAGACAUGGAGGUCGAUUCAGAUAAAAUCAAAGCUACAGAGAAUGUACCUGAGGAGGAAUCAGAGGACACAUCAGUACCACAGGCAUUUUUCUUUCUGCCAGAUGACCCUAGACUAACAGCUGGAUCGCAGAAGUUUUGUCGACCCAAAGACCGAGAUGCCAUGAUGACUACGUGGGAAGAAAUGAAAGCUCAGUUGCAAAAUGACUUCCGCAAAAGACAUCAGAAAGCUGUACGGGAUCAAAAGACAUCAAAGAAAUGGCAGAAGAAACCAGUGAAAAGUUUUAAAAAAUGAUGUGUGUAUGCACACACAAAAGUGGAAUCCUGUGAUAUAUGCGAAGAGUAUGUGAAGUCUUACAUGUAUGUAUUGAAAUCAUCAUGUGUCUAUAGUAACAGGAAUGACAUGCAGUCUCAACAGCUCCUGUAGCAAUGUUAUUUUAAAGACCAUGUACUUGACUACUUCAUGGAGUCUUCUGAAGCGAAAUGCUGUAGUAUGCAGCCGUUAAGCAAUAGAGUGGUCCAUUGCAACUUUCAUGUUAUUUUAUUAUAUUAGAUGCCAACCAAUCCUUUUUUGUUAGAAUGAUUUCUAUUUUUCGGCGUUCAAUUAAUGUUCUGAACCUUUGAUUCCUCUCUUUUUCUAAAAAAAUAUAUGUGUAAACCACGUAAAAAAAAAAGGACACUAUAUUCCUUAUUUGGUCAUGAGAAAUUCCAAAUUUAUCUUUGAAAAGUUGUCAGGUAUGAUAUAACACUGUUAAUAAAGCCUAGGAGGAGCAGAGGAAGUUGUAAGGUCUGUCAUUAGUGAUGAACCUGAGGAAUUGUGAAAUACUCUUAUAACCAGGCUGUUGAAAACAAAAGCAUAUAUACAGUUCCUGUACCAAUCAGUAAUGACUAAUAGGGAAAUCAACUUAUGAUUGUAUUCUGAUCAUGGGAGAUCAAUUUAUACUCGGGAAAGAGUGGGAUAUAUUUAACACGUUUUCUCUUCUUGGUGUACCAAAAUUUCCUCUCACACUCAAAAAAUGUUUAUUUUCUGGGAAGUGCCAUUUCAGGAUCUAUUAAGUGAGCAUGACAUAUGGUAUCA